AUGAAGGGCUUCCUCUUUGCUGGUAUCAUCGUCAUGCUCACGGUUGCAGCUGUAGAAUCCUUGAGUUGUGUGCAGUGUAAUUCGUUGACAGACCCCUGUGUUGACAGAAAUGCCACUGAGUGUCCCGCAAAUGCCAGUAUCAGCUGUACCACUUUCUUGGCGAACUUUUCUCUAGGAGAAAACAUCACAUUGUACGAGGAUAAGGCCUGCUCUGUGGAUAAUUGCAGCGUGGCUGAGACCUUCACAGUCCACGUAUCUGCUAAUGAAAUCUUCCAUUUUGCAAGCCAGUGUUGCCAAGGAAAGGCGUGCAAUGACACCAAUGACACCAUAGAUCCCCCACAGGAAGAGGUGUCCAGCAACACAGAGUGCCCUGCAUGUUAUGGAUCUAAUGAAACUUCCUGUAAUGAGACAACCCGGAAAUGUUAUAAAGAAGAAAGAUGUGUCAAUCUAAUCGCAGAAUUUAAGAAUGAGACGAAGCUCGUGCUGAAAGGCUGCUCCAGUGUCAGCAGCUCCACCUGUGAGUUCCUGGCUACUGAACAUCCGACGGUUGGAGGAGUCACUUUCCUAAAGUUUGAGUGUGUAGACAGCUCCGACGCCUCCUCAACACCCACUCCCACUCCCCUGAGCACCACCCGUGACACUGGCUCUAAAGUCUUCUCCACACCCUUGACCCUUGUCAGCCUUCUCCUGCUGAGGUUGCUGCUCUGA